AUGAUGAUGAUGACAGGGCGUGGCGAUGGUGGAAGCGGAGGUGGUGGGGAGCUGGCACACAAGCGCGCAAAGCACGGUGGCAGCGGUGGGAGACACACGGCAAAAACAAAAGAGAAGGUGAAGAAGGUGGUGGAAUUCAAGGACAAAGGCACCAAGACAGGCAACAGAGGCAGUGACGCUGACAAGGGUAGUGGCAGCAGUGGAAACAGUGAUGCGGGGAAGAAAGAGAUGAGUGCAGAGGAGAUUGGGAAACUGCGGGAGGACUUGCCCAUCUUCAACGCACGGCCAUCCCUGAUGAAGAUGAUCAAGCAGCAGCAGUUCAACAUUGUCAUUGGUGAGACGGGCAGUGGCAAGACCACGCAACUGCCCCAGUACCUGUAUGAGGAUCAGAUCAAUGCUUACAAAGACAAGCAUGGCAAGCGGCGGUACGGCGCCAUCGCCAUCACGCAGCCUCGCCGUGUUGCCGCCAUCACCGUGGCCCAGCGUGUCGCCUGGGAGCGCAGCUCCAAGGUUGGCAAGCUUGUGGGCUAUUCAGUUCGCUUCGACGAACUCACUUCCCCAUCCACGCGCAUCAAGUACAUGACAGAUGGUAUGCUGCUUCGAGAGGCCAUGUCAGAUCGGCAUCUGGAGCAGUAUUCUGUCAUUGUCUUGGAUGAAGCGCACGAGCGCACCGUGCACACAGAUGUCCUCUUUGCGCUCGUCAAGGACAUUGCACAGAAAAGACAAGACCUCAAGGUCGUCGUCAUGAGUGCUACGCUGCAAGCCGACACCUUUGUCAACUACUUUGGCGGGCAGGUUCAGCCCUUUCACGUCGCCGGCCGCACCUACCCUGUGGAGGUCAUGUACACGCGCGAGCCUGUGGAGGACUACAUCCAAGCAGCGCUCAUCACCAUCACGCAGCUGCACCAGGAGGGCGACGAGGAGGGUGAUAUCUUGGUGUUUCUGACGGGAUUGAAUCUCUCGAGCGCAUGCUGCACGAUGCACAUGCCAGAGUCACUGCAGCAGCUCAUGGUGUGUCCGAUGUACGGAGCGCUGGCGCCACAGGAACAGCUGCGGGCAUUUGCACCCGCCCCACCAAACACACGCAAGGUGAUUCUUGCGACGAACAUUGCGGAGACGUCCAUCACAAUCCAUGGCAUCAAGUAUGUCGUUGAUCCGGGACUGGUGAAGCAGCGUGUCUUCAACGCCCGCACAGGCAUGGACGUGCUCUCCGUCGUCCCCGUCUCAAAGGCCCAGGCGCGGCAGCGGUGUGGGCGUGCUGGGCGACACACCAGCGGCACCUGCUACCGCCUGUACUGCGAGCGCACAUUUCUUGAUCUGCCAACGGAUACAGAGCCAGAGAUCCUGCGCUGUAAUCUCUCUAGCGUCGUCCUUCAACUCCUCGCCCUCAACGUCGAGGACAUUCUUGGCUUUGACUUCAUCACCCCGCCGCCCGAGAGCGCUCUCAUCGCUGCUCUUGAAACCCUCCACGCACUCCAGGCCAUCAGCGAUGCGGGAAAGCUGACGAAACUCGGCAAGAAGAUGGCCCAAUUCCCCGUCGAGCCAAAACUCGCCCGCACGCUUCUCUUCACAAACAAAUUCAUGUGUCUGAACGAAAUCCUCAGCCUGGUGUCGCUGCUUGCUGUGGAGAACAUCUUUGUGACGCCCCACCGGGCGAAAGCGAAAGCAGAGGCGAAGAAGCGGCUGUUUCUGAGUUCCGAGGGCGACCACGCCACCCUCCUCAAGGCAUUCACCGCUUGCAAGAAAGCCAAGUUCUCUGGGUCGUGGUGCUUCGACCACUUUAUCAACUCCCGCGCCAUGCGUACCGUGGUCGACACACGAAAACAGUUGAAGGACCUGUGCGUGCGGCUUAACCUGGAGGACACGUCGUGUGCACCAGACACUGUCGCCUACAGAAAAUGUUUGCUUGCUGGCUUCUUCCAGAACAUUGCAUUGCUGCAACCAGACCAGUCGUACAAGGUUGUGAAGACCAACCAGGAAACACACAUCCCGUCCUGCAUUCUCUUCAACGAACUUGUGCUGACGAACCGCCGCUACAUGCGCAACUGCUGCAUCAUCGACCCGUCGUGGCUGGUGGAGGUGGCACCAAACUUCUUCUCUCGCCAACAGGAGGAUCAGGGACAGCAUUGA